UCCUAAUCGGCGAAGAUGUUGCCCGGUGCCUGAUCGAGUCAAGCCGCUAAGCCCAAUUUGUGCGCCCAAACUCAGGGUCUGGUUAGGCCCUUGGCAGCCGCCUGUCACGGGCGUCAGGGAGCAUGGCGGCUGAACCGCCGGCAGCGACUGGAUGUUGGCCUUUUGGGGCUUAAUAACCACCCUGCAUGAUAGGUAGCAUCUCUCUAGCAAUAGAGUGGAUUUCAUAUCGUGCAACAAGAGACUGGCUGUUUGCAUCGGGCGUUUGUUGCUGUGGUUCUGGGCUCCUUCUUAUCGCCGUGGUUCGCGACUGCCCCAGAUUCGAUAGCGCGGCAAGUCCGGCAGCAGCAGGUACCAACGGUGAACAACGCCCCUCAGUCCAAGUGCAGUGCCCGCAGCAUCGUGACCAACCUUUACCUACCUACCUACCUACCUGCCUACCUACUCUCCCUCUCCUUUACUACACUUGGCCUCGCACACCGUCUGUCGCGCCCUCUUGUGACGUGCGCCCCACCAAACAAAUUAGUACUCUCGGGCCAGUAAUCGCGCCCCGAUAUUCACUUUCCGGCGGCUGAAACGCUGCAAGGUGCGCAACCUGCGUCCAGCGGUUGGCACACGGCCCCCAGAAGAACAGAGCACCAGACCACCUGCCCCUGCCC